AAAGCGUGCAUGGCAGAAUGAAUCAUGGCAGCAUGCCGCAUUGUUUUUAGUUCACCUGACUUGUAUUGAUGAAGCUUUUGUGCUCCUGGUUCCAUAAGCAAGAGAAGUGUCAUAUAGCAAAACAAAUAAGACUGAAAAUAAGCAAUAACUAAAGAAAGAUACUGACAGAGAUACAAAGGGGGGAAAGAAAACUAAAGAAGCAAAAAUGUUGGAGAAAGCGAGGGAAUUCUUUCGUAAGGUGAGGUUGAAAAAGAAAAAUCACAGGCAGGAUGGACAAGAGGAGGAAAUUACUUUUGAGAUAUCUGGGGGUAAUUGUAGAUUGAAAACAAAGCAUGAAGAAUUCAGAGUUGAGGUAAAACUAUGUAAGUCUCUGUAUAGGAUUGAAAAAGUUCCUUUGGACAAUUCUGAAGAGGUAUACAGUGAACAGGAUGAGAAAGAUUAUGCAAAUCAGAUGGACUGCUAUAAGGAUUUACAUGAAACAAAAAGGAGGCAUCAUAAUAAAACAAAUGGCAUUAAUUCUUGUACUGAUAAGUCUUGGGGAAGUGAGGUGGAUUUUUGUAUAAAACCUGCUGGUUCCCAGAUAUGUCAACCAUCAGACAAACUGGUUUCAGAUGAUGAGCUUAAAACUUCAGUUACACCAUGUCAAAAUGAAGAUAAGCAAAAUCUUCAUGAUGUAACACAAACAUGGAAUGAUCUUGAUUUGGACAAAGAUAGCAUUACAUCAGAAAGAAAUAUUUCAGUAGAUGCAGUUUCCCUCUCAAGUUGUUCAGUUGGGUUUGAAAUUUCCAAUGAAAAUGGUGAUUCUGUCACUGAUAAUCUUCUUGAGAGUGAGUCAGUAUUUGUUAAAGAAGUUCAUUCCGGGGGCAAUUUGCCUGAAGAGAGAAGCACUUUAUCUAAAAGACUUUGUUCACAGAGUGGAAGUUGUCGGCAAGCAGGCACAUCACAAUGGGUGAGUGAGAGUCAAGUUAUAACUAGGAACUCAAAUAUGCAGCAAAAUUUAGAUACUUUUGGCAGUCAGAGAGUGGAAGCAAGGUCACAAUCUUAUGAAUUCUUAAACUUGCAAUCCCUGAAAGAACAAGAAAAAAGGAAUGACCUUAAAUGUGAAUCUACAGAAUGUCAGAAAACAAGUAGUCAUACGCAUAAAUGUAUGGAGAAUGUGCCUCAAAUUGAUUUUAAUAUUUGUAGUUCUUCUAGAAAUUGUAGUUUGUCACUUGAGGAUAAUAAUUUAUUAAGCUGUGGAUCACUUUCUGAAGAUCAAAUGCUAAUAACAAAGUUACCUAAGGAGAAUAGUAACCAUCAACUUCCAAAUUCUGAGAAUAUGGUGGCAAGAAUGAAGUCUUCUUCCGAACAAAUAAGCAUAAUUGACCCUGAAGAGAGCUGUCAGCAAUUUACUUUAGAUUUAGUGGAAUUGCAAGAAAAUUCAUUGCCAACUGACAGAGAUGAAAUCCAUAGCUCCUUGGAGAGUUAUCCUCCAACUGUUGUUCAUGCAGAGGAAGCCAAUAGAAUUUCUUUAAAUUUGGACCAUCAAGAGAGUUCAACAUGUGAAAAUCUUGUAAAAUAUAAAAAGCUGGGAGAGUUGGAACUAAAAAAUUUACAAGAAUUUACUGCAGUUUCUGUGGAUAGAGUGUUCAGUGCAAUGGAACAGAAAAUUCUUCUUACUUAUCAAGAUGGAAGUAGAACAGAAAUAUUUGCAAAGUUGAAGCUUAAGAUUGUAAUAAAUACAUUUGUACACAUAGCUGAUGUAUGGACAUGCUUUCUUGGACAGAAUAUUUAUAAUUGUUUUACAAAGGACAUGGAUCCUAAGUGUGGGAAUGGUGAUCCUUGUUUGGAGAAUAGUAGCAUCCCUUUAAUUGAAAGGAACACCACAGCAGGCAUUGAUGUAGAAAUCUGUGAAGAUGUGCAACAAUUCUCUAGGAAAAAUAGCAUUAUAUCAUGUCAACACUGUGGAGGAAAUUUCAUGGAAAUUUUCUGCAAUGAAAUGAAAAUGAAAGCUGCUCUCUCUACCGGUAAUCUUAUAAAUCAUGACUGCUUGACACUGGAAAAUAUGAUAGUUUCUAAGAGCAAAGGUCCUGAGGAUUAUAAAAGCUGGAAUAGCUUAACUUGCUUUGCAGGAUAUUACAAUGUUAUAUAUGUAAAUACUCAGAGGUGUAUAGAGUUUGAGAGAUCAGUGUUUUGCAAUCUGAGAAUGGCUGAUAUUGUGAAGUACUUGGAUUUUGGAGCAGUACUACAGAGAGAGUCACUGGAAAAAUAUCAAGGGCUUCACAAGAGAACCCUCCAAAUUAUUGAUGCAGACGAUCAUAUGGAGAGUAAACUGAAUACAGGAAUGAUGCUUCCAGAAAUAUCUUUAUUGAGUCCUCUAUUGCAAGUCAGGAUUCCAAAUCUAAUGGUUCCAAAUUGUAACACUGAAAACUGGAAAUGCUAUGAGCCAGGAUCAGAAGUGAAAUCAACAAAAGGGGCAGCUAAUUGUAUGCUUACAGAUAUGGCAGAUACAGAUACAUUGUUAAAUGUUGACUGGUGGCUGUCAUUGUUGUAUAAAAGCUAUAUACUUGGUAAAAAGAUGCCUAUCUGUAAUGAUACUUGGGAUCAAUUUGAAAGCAGGGAGGACAUUUUACUUUUCUAUGGACAGAUAAAUUUAAUGCAGGAAUACCCUUGCAAGGAAUCAUGUCUACCAUUAAAACCAUCUACAUGCUGUAGACAACAAAUUAUGAUGUGCAGAAGCAACACUAUUUGUGAAUUAAUGUGCCAGCCACUUCAUUUGAAUGUAAAACAUAUUGUGGGCUCUAAAAAAGAGGAAGAGUCUGAGCAAGACUCUAAAACGGCUUCAAAUGAUGAGUCAGACACUUAUUCGAAAUUUACAGAGACUUUGAGAAGUUUGGGUGAGAAAGAGGUAAAAAAAUUAUUAUCUAUAAUAUUAGGAAAGAAAAUUGAGAAAGUGGACUUUGAAGAGAUCACUUCUGUUCACCAAGAUAGACAACAAAUAAGUAGUGCAACAUUAAAUUGUGAUUCAGGGGAGGACUUACAUAAAAGAGUUUGGCAAAAUAACCAUAUUGAUUGUGUACAAAACAAUGUUCAAUGUGGAAAUCCUGGUUGUGUUCACUAUUCAAAUGGGACCCAGUCACCCACUAAUGAGGACAUUGAAACUAGUUUGCAUAUUCAAGAAAAAGUUCCAACAAAUCCACAUUAUCAAGAGGGAGUUUCACCAAGACCACAUGUUCAAGAAAAUGUUCAAAGGAAUCCGCAUAUUCAAGAGGUUGUUUCACUUAGUCCACAUGUUCAAGGAAAUGUUCAAACUAAUCCACAUAUUCAAGAAGGUGUUUCACGAAGUCCACAUGUUCAAGUGGAAGUUUCACCAAGUUCGCAUGUUCAAGUGGGUGUUUCACCAAGUCAGCUUAUUCAAGAGGAUGGUUCACCAAGUUCACAUGCUGAAGAAAAUAUUCAAUCUAAUCCACAUGUUCAAGGGAGUGUUUCUCCUAGUACACAUGACCAAAAGAAUGUUCCAUUAAACUCAAAUUUUCUAGGAAAUGGCCCAUGUAUUCGGCACAUUCCAGAGGAUAUUCACUCUAGUCCACAUAUUCAAGAAGACAUUGGUGCUCUCAUCAGUAAAUCAACAAGUCAAAAUUCAUCUCGUUCUUCAUCAAUCUUACCUCAAUAUGUUAUAUACCUCAGACUGUCAAAAAAUUCUAGCUCAUUGUCUCAGAAAAGUAGCAAAGAUGUAAGAAUUAGAGCCCCACGCAACCUGAAUGUUGAAGAAAUGAAGAGAAUUAGGAUGGGAACAAUCAAAUUCUUUAAAGAUUAUCAGAAAUCUCAAAAAUGUCACCACCAUUCUUUACCCUCUUCAAAGGAAGUUGAAACCAUGUCCAUUCCAGACUUGCUGUUCCUUGUUCAAUCCAUACCAAAAGGGCUUUCCUUUCUGCACUCUUUUCUGAAAAUCUCCAGAGACCUUCAGAUUGAUUCAUUAAUAGAGGUACGUCCAAUAGAACAACAACAACAAGAGGCAGUCUUGGAUACCUUCUUACAGCAAGUUAUAAAUGGAGAUGAGGAGGCAAUAGAGUCAAGGAUGAGGUUGGAAUGGUUCAGAAUUAUUACUUUUCAAACCUACCCAGCUAAUGUUGGCAUUUCUACCAUAAAACUAGCUAACAAUGGCUUCUACUACACAGGACAUACCAUAGAAACACGAUGCUAUUUCUGUCGCCAGACUUAUAACGAAUGGAGUGCAGAAUCCAAUAUUGAGGCAGUGCACAGACAAAUAUCACCUGAUUGUCCUUUCAUUAAUGGAAGACCAACCAAUAAUGUUCCUAUUCAUGGUUCUAGAAGAAACAACUCACCAGUGCCAAACAGAAACGAGGACGAUCUACAGAGAGUUGCAACUGAGCAUCUACGAAACCUAAACAUUGGGAGUACUGGGGCAUCAUCUAAUACCACGGAUUUACCACAAGACCAGGCAAGGCAGUCACCACAGCCAGCACUUGCUGAGGCAUCAGUUGAUGAUGCAGGUGUGGACCAGGGGACGGAACAGGAGCCAGCCUCCCUGCAAACACCUAGUAAAUCCAAACUCAAGAGAGACAAGAAAAAGAAAAAAAAAGAAGAACAAGCCAGAGCUAAGGCAGCAGCCAGCGCCAGUCAGGGAGCAGUCCAGGAGGUGCCAGGCACUGAAGAGGAGACGGUAUCCUCCCUACAACCUGAGCCUUCUGUUACAUCUAGUUCCUCAUCAGAACCAGGAUCAGCUCCAGGACUAGCAGGAGGGGAGAUUCAGCCCCAGUCCAGACCGUUAGAACCAAGUCCUGUUGGAGGAGCACAGGCUACUAGUGUAACCAUUGCUGUAAAUGUGCCCCCAGCAUCAACCCAAUCCAGACAGUCGAGCCAGACAACCAGUGGUCAAAACACAACAAACACCAGUUCAUCAGCUUCAAGUUCUGCUACCAGACAAGGUGGUGCUAAUCCUCCCGGGCCCCCACAGAGUGGUGCCAACCCUCCUGCCCCCACCUCUGCCGAGAGACUGGCUCAGCUUGACCCAUUGGGGAUUAACUUUGACAAGCCUAAGUACCCGGCCUAUGCUGUGUAUUCCACCAGACUAAGCUCGUUUGAUGGGUGGCCUUCACACAUGGCUCAAACACCAAGGGAAAUGGCAAGAGCUGGAUAUUUCUAUGCAGGAUAUGGGGACUAUGCCAGGUGUUUUUUCUGUGGUGGAGGCCUAAGGAACUGGGACAGGACUGAUGAACCAUGGAUGGAGCAUGCCAGAUGGUUCCCGCGGUGUGCCUUCCUACGGAACAACAAGGGAGAUAAAUAUGUAGCCAGAGUACAGAGAAGGCAUCAGGAACAGGAGGCUGGUCUCCAACCAUCUUCACAACUUCCACCUCCAGUUGAGAGAGAUGAGGAGACUGCAAUAGCCCAGGCCCUGAGGGAGAUGGGAUACACCAACCAGAUUAUACAGAGAUCCAUGAAUAACUGGAGGAGAAACCUCAAACCUGGAAGAAGACACCCUCCACCCAUGACUGCGUCUGCCAUACUAGACAUCAUAGAGAUACUGGAGAGUCAAGAUCAAGAGAACACAGAGAGGCCGGGGGAGACCCCCUUAACAAUACCAGGAAUUGACCCCUCUGCUGGGGAGGUGAACAGAGUGAAUUCUGGGAAUACCGCUGAGAGCAUGACCUCUGUAGGUGCAUCAGCACUAGAGGAAAAUCGGACAGAUGCAAGACUGGAUAAUCAACCAAGAGAAUAUGGAUAUGAUCAAAGAGAAAAACAAGAGAAGCAGGUACUACAGGAGGACUUCCUAGGUCUGACAGAGACUAUAGUGUGUAAGGUGUGUUGUGACAAGGAUGUGGCCGCCGCCUUCCUGCCCUGCGGUCACUUAGUUUGCUGUCUGGACUGUGCCCCUGCCAUGAGGAGGUGCCCCCUCUGUGCAGAACUCAUCAAGGGCACAGUCAAAACUUACUUCGCUUAAUUCAUGACUCUUGGUACAUGCAAGUGUAUAUAUAUGCUCUCAUCAGAUCUCUUCAUCACGAUUAUCCUACUCGAUCAUCUUCCACCUCCCCGUGGUGAGUAGGGGGCAAUGGACAAAAUUACAACUUGGAGGGUCAAACGCCCAGUAAAGUGAAAGAAUUAAUCUUCAAGGCUAAAGGAAAUAUAGGAGGAGUUAUUAAAGAUACAUGUGUCUCUAUGAUGUAGAAUGAAAGUAACUAGCAUUGUGUGUGAAAGAAAUUACAAUCUCUAUCUGGACUUAAAAAUACCUAGACUUUGAUCUACAAAUUUACCAACAUGGACAAAAUGUAGGAAAAACUGAUGAAAUAGAACAAUUGUUUCUAGCAUAAGAUGAUAAGUUAAUAGUUUAGUUGCAAGGAAAGAAUGGCAAUGUAAGAGCCUGAUUGGACAAUGGGUUUUACUGCUAUAGCUUGGUUUAUAGCUAUGCUUUACCAAAUAUGCUAAAUGUCCAUAUUUUAGCUAUGAAAGACUAUGUAUGUUGAAUGUUCAGUUUUGCUCAACUACAGACUAAAUCCCUCAUUUCAAAGAAAUAGCAUAUUUCAAUGUUAUACAUAUUUACACAUGAACAUUGUAAUAUGAUAUUGUCUAAAAACUUAAUAUUUUUAACAAAACUAUAUUUAUCAAAUUUCAAGGCACUUUUACAGAAACCAUGUUAGUCACUUUUUAUGCACUUUUCAGAUAAUUAUAAUAACAAAACUUGAUUUUUGAUUUAAUUGAUCAUAUUAUCAGAACAUAUUUGUCACUUAUAUCAAUUUUAUUUUGAUAACCUAUUCAUGAAAAAAAAAAUUAGAAUUUAUUUCAAUUCACAGAAAAGGAAUAAACAGAUUUAGAUAGGAUUUAUUGAAUAAAAGGAUGUUGUUUAGUUGACCAAAGAAGCAAGGUGAUGGAAUAUGUAAAGUGUAAUUUAUUGUGAGCAAACAGGCAAGCUGACCGAAUAACUUCAAACAAUGAGUCUAGCAAAGAGAAGAUGUACACAUUUCAUUUAUCUCAUGCAGAUUUUAAGAACUAGGUAUGUUAAGGACCUUUUUUGCCCCUUUUAUUGAAUGACAUUCAAAGUAAUCAGCAAUUUUAAUGCCUACUGAGGGACAAAAUUUGGCCAACUAUACCUUUUCUUUUCAAUCAGUAUGGUUUGUUUACACAUUUGAGAAGGCUUUAUGAAUAAUAUGCUGCUUUAUAGUGAACAUCUCAUUUUAUAGUUAUAUAUAUCCAUCAUCCUUUGCAUUGCCAAGCAUUUACUCAUCCUUGCUGCUUUGUACAUAGGAUACUAAUGUUCAUAUUGCUACUAAUCAGUAGGUUAUUUUUUUUUUAAUUUAUUCAUUUGUACUUGUUUAAUUAGCUAUAAUUUCAUUUUGUUGAAUAGUUAAUUGUUGUUUUUGUCCAAUUUGAUAGUUUUUCCCCUAAUAAAUUCGUGAAAAGAUGCUUUUUUCACUGUACAUAUAUGUUUAUAUGCUUGUUAAUACAAAACUAAAAGUUAUAGUAUUCUAAUGAUAUCCCAAUUUUGUGAAUUUAUACAUGUAUAUCAUGAAAUAGAAAAAUUAAACUCACACAAGGGAAGAAGGUAUUUUACAAAUACACAGGAGACCAUCUGACAUAUUCUCUUCUUUACAUGUACACUUUUAUCAACAUGGAAUUGUAGAUGCUUUUUUCACUGUACAUAUAUGUUUAUAUGCUUGUUAAUACAAAAUUAAAAGUUAUAGUAUUCUAAUGAUAUCACAAUUAUGUGAAUUUAUACAUGUAUAUCAUGAAAUAGAAAAAUUAAACUCACACAAGGGAAGAAGGAAUAUUUCAAAUACACAUGAGACCAUCUGACAUAUUCUCUACAUGUACCCUUUUAUCAACAUGGAAUUGUUAUAUUUCAACAGGAAAAAUUAUUUAAAAACUGUAUUUCAUGUGUUGAUGUGUUACUAUUAUAAUGUAAUACAUAGUUACAUGAAUAAUUGAGUGUAAAUUGUUAUAUAAUUAUACAAAUGUACUUAAAUAUCAAUUGUAUAGUUAUUGUGCAAUUAUUAUUUUCAUGACAUGGUUGCAAUUCUUCACAAAUAUGAGUGGAUUGCUUGACAAAAUAAAGAAGUUUGUAUUUAU